AGCUUCCUCACAAUCUUGUUUACGACAUGUUUCGCACCCUCUUCACGCCGCUCAGUGCUCGGUUCUCGCUUCCGUCUCCUCUUUCUCCGCGCCUCAGCCAGGAAACACUCGAGGAGCCUGAUGAGCUGGACCCAGAGGACUUUGCGCGGGAUGUCCUGGUUGAGCUCAUGCGGAACGCCACGGAGAGACUCAAGACGGCGGACACUUUGGCAGAACGAAUAGAGGUGUUAUCCGAAAUACACAAGAUAAUGUUGCAAGACGCGUGCACAAAGGACGUGUUCAGGGAGAUGGACGGCUUCCUCGUCCUCAUGAGCGUGCUGUCCACUAUCCACCCGACAUUCUCCAAGGAGACGCGGGAGGAGGCCGCUGGCUCGGAGCUGCUGGAAGCUACGCGUCUCGUCUUCGUGAUUCUCUCGGAGGCCCUACACAAACACAACGAGAAUGCUGUAUACUUCAGGGCUGCAGUCGGACUGGAGUCCUUCGCUCAGGCAACACUUGCUCUCCUGUCUGAUCCUCGGACUAUCAAACAGACUGUCAGCUUCCUCACCUGCCUUGCUCUGCACAACUUCGCAUGGAACCGGUUCUUCUUGCAUAUAACUGGAGCCGACUACGCAGCCGUGGACCGCAAGUUCUCAGAGCUCUCCCCCCAGCUCGGCCUGAUACAUGUACCCGAAGCUCUGCGCGUACUCUACGACGCAGUCACGCGACCCUCACAGAACAACGCGUUGCUGCGCUACAUGGGGAUCAAACUACUAGAGCGGCUGACUUUGCACAAGCACAGGAACCAAUGCGUCUUGAGCAGUCUUGGCCUUGAGAGGACGCUGUUCACAAGGCUGUGCUCUCCGGCAAUACUCCCCAAGAACGAGCGGCAAGUCGUACAGAAGCUCCUUAGGCGACUACUGGACCACAACGUCCGGACAGAGGACGCAAGGCUCAUGUUCCAGCGCGCUAUACGUAAGAACGACACACUGGACCCGGAUGUAUUGGAGGUCCUGCGCGCGGGUAUGAAGGUGAAGUGGCCGGAACACUUCUCCUUCGAAUCUCCCGCCGCGGUGCGCGUUAUCAAAACUGGUUCGCGCGCGCUGCCUUCCACUGGAUUCACGUUCAUGGUGUGGCUUUGGAUAGAACAGGUUCCCCGAGACAAGGAACACAAUAUAUUCUCAAUCUCAUCUGGCGACCGCACACUCUUCUCGCUCAAGCUCCGCCCCGACGGUUCGCUCAACUGCGAGAGCACCGGAAACAAGGAGCCCGCGGUCCUGAAGGCGCACCUUGCGAAGGGCCGUUGGACACACGUUGCGCUGGUACACUACCCACACCGCAACUCCAAACCAACUAUUCGCCUCUUUGUCGAUGGCUCCAUGGCGGAUUCCGUGAACUGGUUGUACCCUCGCGGCGACAACAACGGUACCGACCACCCCUACACGAUCGGGGAUAACUCCGCCGGCGCGUGCCUCAAUUGGUGUCUCGCCUCCGCCUAUCUCUUCUCUGUACCUCUAUCGGACGAGCUACCGCGCUUCAUCCAUGACCUUGGUCCGCGCUACGUCGCACGCUUCCAGGCCGCAGAUCUGAUUCGCUUCCUGACGUAUGAGGCUGCCACGGCACUGAGCAUCCACCUGUACGGGCGCGCAGAGCAGCAGCGCGGCGCAGCGGCCGACGUGAAGAACCUGAUCAACUCUUUUAAGAACGGCUUAGGCAUCAGCGAGUCCAAUAUCGUGUUCGCCGUGGCGCCGGCGACGACCAGGUUCGAGGACAAGAACACGGGCGAUGUGAAUGACGCCGCGAUGGACGGCGACGUCUUUGUUGCGCGAUGUAACGGUUUGGACCUCGCCAUGUGGGAGAUCGGUGGCGCAGCUGUGUCGUUGCGACUAGUACAGCUUGCGAACAAUCCCCAUGAGGUGUCGCGGGCGCUUGGUGUCCUGACUGAUGGUCUGCGCAACGGCUGGCAAAACUCUGAGGACAUGGAACGGCUGCGUGGUUACGAUAUUCUGGCUGAUAUCCUGCGCAAGAAGUGUCAGCUGAUCAACAUGACCGGUUUCGAAACGCUCUUUGAAUUCCUGGGCAUGAACUUCAAGUCCCCCGAUCAUUCAACUAUCGUCAACACCGUCGCAUACCGCGCCAUUGCGCUUGAUUUCCAGUUGUGGUCUUGCACCCGCCGAGAGAUCCAGCUUGUGUACCUAGAGCACUUCGUGACCCUCCUGGAUACCAGCAGGUACAAGCGGUUCAACAGCAAACAGCGUAUGUCGAAGAUGGGCGUCGUCCGCAAGCUACUCUUCGUGCUGCAGACCGACUGGUAUGCCCAGGACAUGUUGCCAUUCUUGCUAGACACCCUACGUGUUGUCGCAGAAGCCAACUUCUCCAUCGACGAAGCUAUCAGACCUAUUGUGUCUUACCUAGCCGCCAACUUGCAUGACACGAGUGUCGCUAACGGGAACAGCUCGCCCCGCUCGAUGAUGUCGCGGAUCGACCACCAGAACGCGCAGUACAAGGCCGAGCAGGUGUUCAAGAUGCUGGUGUCCAUCCUCGACAACCCAGUCAUGUUCAACAAGUUCACCGCCGCGCUGCCGCUCACUCGUAUUUGCCUCUUGCUCCUCGGGGACCGCCCUACAUCGAUCUCUGCGACGCUGGUCCUCCGGCUGAUCUCAGGCGCGCUCGGCAUGUCGACGUCAUUCAACAGGAAAUUCGAGCUUGUCAGUGGGUGGAACAUCUUGAAGCUUGUCCUGCCAUACGGGUGGGAUGCACAGGUGCAGGAUGCGGCGUUCGACGUUCUGCUUGGGCCCAGCCGAGAUAAGAGGGAGAUCACACCUGCAGUCGUCUGUCCGUAUAUAGUCCCAGCAAUCUUCUCCAGCCUGAAGAUGGCGUUGGACUCCAGUCGCGUCUCCGAGGAUCCCCAGGUCCGCACCGCAGCCACGUCGAUCGUUGAACAUCUGUUGGAAGCGCUUAUUGAAACGCAUUCCUCUAGCCCGACGUUCCGCGAAGUGUUCAGGUCUCACGCGGUCACCCAAGCUUUCAUCGACGCCUACAAGAUGUUUGCGACGUCCGUCGCGCACGCGGCUGAAAUCGACCAGGGCACCGUUCGGGUCCUCGAGAAGCUAUCGCACCUUGGCUUGAGCAUUGCUCUCGACAAUGCAGUUGCUGUCACCCAAAAGCAGGAGAUCAUGGACGUGCUUCAGUCUGCAGAAUCUGUGCUUAACCCCAGAGCAUCGCAGGAGACAAGCAUCGAUGCGGGCACGGUUGUGGGCACGAAGGCACGGCGACGGAGGAUGGCAUCGGUCCGGUUGAGUAUGCAACUCGGGGAGAGUGCCGUCAAGCGGUCUGUUAUUCGCAUUCGCGAGUGGCGCCAGUCUGUCAUUACGACUGAGAAGAAGCGACUGCGCAAGACGGUGUUAGAUCUACGCGAACAUCACAGACAAGUGGCCUCGUUGACAGAGUGGUCGACUGUGCUGACAACGGAACGUGGUCUAUGGGCACCAUCCGACGUCGUUCCUCACUGGCGCCUCGACGAGACGGAGGGGCCAUACAGAGUCAGGAAGAGACUGGAGCACGAUGAUGACAAGCUUCCGAGCUCAAAGGUCGAUCCUAAUCAGGGAAUUGGUGACGUGCAGGAUCUGGAUGUCGACACGCGUUCUAUCAUGCAGAUCGAAGUACCACCCUGGUCAGAAUCAUACGAACUGUCAUCGACAGACGGGGACGACCAGCUCGGUGAGGAAAUCGUCGACGAUAAGCAUCGUCGCGUGAGGCAUGAGCUUGAACCGGGCGACGUCAUCGAAGCUGUGAAGACAGUUGCCCGAAUAGCCGGAGUAGAUUCUUCGCCCGGACUGUUGAUCUUUGGAAAGUCUCACCUCUAUCUGCUUGACGGGCUGGUCGAGAACAACGAUGGAGAAGUAAUCGACGCCCAUGAUGCUCCACGGUCUCUUUUCUUCGUCCCCGGCAGCAUUAUUGAUCUUGACAAGCAUCAACAAGCUCAACGAUGGCCGCACGAUCAAAUCAUGAGCUUCAGCGACCGCACAUUCCUGUUCCGAGAUGUCGCGCUUGAAAUCUACUUCCGCGACAGCAGAUCUCUCCUGGUGGUAUUCAUCGAUCGCAAGCAGCGACAAGCGAUCACUGGACGACUGUCGCACAUCAUCGGUCGGGUUGGCCCAGAUCCGUCGACGCCAGGCGCCAUGAAGUCCCCUUUCGUGGGCCGCUUGAGCUCGAAGUUGUCAGCUGCAUUCAGUGCCAAGAUGCUGUCAGGAUUCAGUCAGGAUGAGCUGUCGAUUGCGCAGAGAAAAUGGCAAUCUCGAGAGAUCUCGAAUUUCACUUACCUCAGCAUACUGAACCAAGUGUCAGGGCGAACACCAAGCGAUGCCACACAGUAUCCCGUAUUCCCUUGGGUAUUAAGUGACUACACUUCGCCUGUCCUCGACUUGGCUUCUCCAGAGACGUUCCGAGAUUUGACACUGCCGAUGGGGGCCCUAACCGCUGCUCGCCGAGAGGCUGCUCAAUCGCGCUACGAGAGUCUGAUGAGCGUUGAGGAGAAGCCCUUCCAUUACGGGACACAUUUCAGUUCUUCGAUGAUCGUCUGUCACUUCUUGAUACGUCUGGAGCCAUUCACACACAUGUUCAAGACCUUGCAGGGAGGCGACUGGGACUUGCCUGAUCGUCUGUUCAUAGACAUGAAGAGAGCGUAUACUUCCGCUUCCCAGGACAUCCGUGGCGAUGUUCGUGAGCUGAUCCCGGAGUUCUACUCUUGCCCCGAGUUCCUCGAGAACACCGACAAUCUCGACUUCGGUGUCCAGCAGAACACCGGGGAGAAGAUCCACGACGUCAAAUUACCACCUUGGGCGAAGCAGGAUCCGCUUCUAUUCAUCGUCAUGAACCGGAAGGCGCUCGAGAGCGACUACGUUAGCGAGCAUCUACCACAAUGGAUCGACCUCAUUUGGGGCUACAAGCAAGCUGAUCCAGAUGCGUUCAAUGUCUUCCAUCCUCUGAGUUACGAAGGGGCGAUCGACCUCGACGCUAUCACCGAUGACCUCGAGCGGGAGGCCACUGUUGGUAUCAUCCACAACUUCGGCCAAACGCCUCGCAAGAUCUUCGCAACCCCACACCCACCUCGGAACAUGCACGGGAACUCGGCACUCCCAUUGGGUCUCAUUUACGGAGUGGCUGAAGACUAUCACCUCUUGACUCAAAGUUCACGGCCAUUGAAAGAACUAGGACAGGAUCAGCCUGUUCGCGACCUUGUGCUUGACCUCAUAGGGCAACAGGUAGUGCCUUGUCCAGAUGGAAUGCGAUGUGUCCCCUCUCGCCCUCAUGAGACGGUGAUGUGGGACAGCAGUCCUGCCUCUGCCGGAGCCCUCCGUGUCGUCGUGGAUCGCAAGGUCUCGCAAGUCGUCGAGUCGGCAUUCUGCUCUUGCGCGACAUUCACCGACGCCGACACUCUCGUCACCGGAUCGACGGACAACAUGGUCCGCCUUUGGCAUGUACUGCGAAACAGCCAGAACCGCGAUCAACCGGUGACCUUGCAGCUAACGCACCAGAUGCGUGGCCAUACUGCGCGGGUUUCUGCUGUGACAGCGUCGAGGGCCUGGUCGUUGAUCGUGAGCGGGUCGAAAGACGGGAGCGCCGCAUUGUGGGAUCUCAACCGCGGUGUAUACACACGCUCAAUUUGGCACGGUGCGGGUGAGGCAUUCGAGGUUCAUCUUGUUGCAAUCAACGAGAGCACCGGCUACAUCGCAACUUGCUCACGACAACGACUGUGGCUACAUACCAUCAACGCCCGGCCUGUCGCCAGUCUCGAUCUUACCGAUCUCGCUCCUUCACCGCUAUACCCGCCUAUCACCUCUCUUGCCUUCCUUGAACGAGACUACGCACAGACGGAUCUCAUGGCGACUGCAGGGCCAGACGGCACUAUCACCCUCAGGACUUGGAACACGGACUCUACGCCUGAAGGAGAGAAGGCGCGGUGGGAAUUUGCGACCCUCAAAACGUUGAAGGUGAAAGCCGAAGGACGCUACAGAAGCUCUGCGCCGUGUGUCACUGCGUUGAGAUUUGUUGGAGAGUCGCUCUAUCACGGAGAAGACACAGGAAAAAUCUUUGGAUGGGAACUGCCAGACUAGAUGGCAUCCCUGGCCGGACCCUAUCGACGCUUUCGGUUGCAAUAUGGUAUCAUGUACUCUAGGAUCUCGC